AUGCGCUCUAUCCCCCUCCACCCCCCUCCCCCCCCUGCACCCCCUUCCCCCCCCCUCCACCCCGUCCACCCCCUCCACUCCCCUGCACCCCCUCCGCACCAGCACUGCCAUCUGAACGGCCGCCUGCUACACAGACUGCCCACCCGCCUGCCACAUACUCUCCCUCUGCUCGUCCCUGCCUUUCUCUGCUCAAUUCCCCAUCUUCCUUUCCCACUCUCUCCCCUCCCCCCAACCCCCGCUUCUCCCCUUCCUCACCAGCACUACGAUCUGAACGGCCGCUUGCUACACAGAGUGCACCCGUCUCUCUUCUCGUCCCCGUUGCCUUACCCCCCACGUCUUUCCCCCCACGUCUCUCUGCUCGUCCCCCUUGCCUUACCCCCCACGUCUUUCCCCCCACGUCUCUCUGCUCGUCCCCCUUGCCUUACCCCCCACGUCUUUCCCCCCACGUCUCUCUGCUCGUCCCCCUUGCCUUACCCCCCACGUCUUUCCCCCCACGUCUCUCUGCUCGUCCCCCUUGCCUUACCCCCCACGUCUUUCCCCCCACAUCUCUCUGCUCGUCCCCCUUGCCUUACCCCCCACGUCUUUCCCCCCACGUCUCUCUGCUCGUCCCCCUUGCCUUACCCCCCACGUCUUUCCCCCCACGUCUCUCUGCUCGUCCCCCUUGCCUUACCCCCCACGUCUUUCCCCCCACGUCUCUCUGCUCGUCCCCCUUGCCUUACCCCCCACGUCUUUCCCCCCACGUCUCUCUGCUCGUCCCCCUUGCCUUACCCCCCACGUCUUUCCCCCCACGUCUCUCUGCUCGUCCCCCUUGCCUUACCCCCCACGUCUUUCCCCCCACGUCUCUCUGCUCGUCCCCCUUGCCUUACCCCCCACGUCUUUCCCCCCACGUCUCUCUGCUCGUCCCCCUUGCCUUACCCCCCACGUCUUUCCCCCCACGUCUCUCUGCUCGUCCCCCUUGCCUUACCCCCCACGUCUUUCCCCCCACGUCUCUCUGCUCGUCCCCCUUGCCUUACCCCCCACGUCUUUCCCCCCACGUCUCUCUGCUCGUCCCCCUUGCCUUACCCCCCACGUCUUUCCCCCCACGUCUCUCUGCUCGUCCCCCUUGCCUUACCCCCCACGUCUUUCCCCCCACGUCUCUCUGCUCGUCCCCCUUGCCUUACCCCCCACCACUAUGAUCUGAAUGGCCGCUUGCUACACAGAGUGCCCACCCAUCUCUCUGCUACAGCCUCUGGGCAGGGCGAGAACAGCUCCCUGCUACAGACGUUAAGUGUGAAGCAAGCAUGCACAAAUGGGAAGGAGGAGGGAGAGGAGGAGUGGGUGGACAUUAAACUAGAGGAGGUCAACCGGAUCACAGCAGCCAAUCGCCUUCAGGUCGCCUGGUUCCCUGACCAUAGGGCAUACGCUCUAAGUCACCAAACCGCAGAGGACUUUGUGAGGGCGCUUGCAGUGGGGGUGGUGGGAGCAGAGACAGCAGAUGCCGACAAGACAGCAGAGGUUAUUGGAGGGGUGAAGCUGCCGUCCCGCCGCCCGGCUCUCGUCAGCGAAACAUGCCUCUAUCUCUCCGAACCAGUUUCCGAAGCAGGUUCCGAACCAGGUUCCGAACCUCCGUCUGAAGCAAGCUCAGAAGCGGAUAGAAAUUGGGGGAAUCGGAGGGUGCGUGCAUUCCAUGUGCUGGAUUCAAAGGGGAUGAUUGACACACUUGGUGUGUUUGUGGAGGAGAGGGAAGGCAGUGGGAAAGGAGCGGGCGAAGAUGGUCCAGGGGCAACAGCAGCCCAUGCCAAAGAGCUUCUGGAG